AUGAAAAGUGUUUUUGAUUUUGGAAAAUAUAUAACAUAAAUAAGAGAACUGCCUUAUGCUGAUGUAAAAAUUUAUAAAAUAAUUAGGAAAAAUCAUUAUUUCUUGAUGUGGUAUUUUUAUCUUAUUAAGCAGGAGCUUCAAAUAAUAAUUCUAAAAUUUUGAAAAAAUCAUUUUACUUUAUUAAUUAUAAUCAUUAAGCAUACUAUUAUCAAAAAAUGAAUAUUGAAGAAUUAGAAUAAUUAUAUGAUAGUUUUAUUAAUGGAAAUAAAAAUAUUGAUCAGGAAGUUCCUGAUGUAGCUAUAUAAUUCAAUUCAGGGUUUUUGUAAUUUUAGAGUUCAUAUAUAGAGGAAAAUGAUAAAAUAAUAGAAAAAGAUGAAUAAAAUAUCAAAAUAAAAUAAGAACAUAAUAAAAAAGAGAAUAAAUAAAGAAUCAUCAUAACAGAAAUAUCAAACAUUUAAUUAAAUGAUUAAUGUAAGCAGUCAAUAGAUCCUUAAAUAUAAGAUUAGAAAUAGAAUAAAAAUAAAAUUGAUUAGAAUAACUAAAAAAUAUUGGAGAUUCCUAUUCCUUAAAUAAAGGAGAUUAAAUAAUUUUCAGUGGAAUAAUCAAAAUAAAUUAUGAAAAAAUAAUAUGAGGAGUAUAGAAGAUAAGAAUAAUUUAAAUCUAAUUGUUUUUAAUAGAGUAAUUAGAGAAGCUAAAUAAUAGGGAAAACAAAAUGUAUCAUUUGUUUAGAGAAUAUAUAAUCAAAUCGAUAUCUUCUAACUGCUUGUUAGCAUAUUUAUCAUAAAAACUGUUUAAAUAAUUUAAUAGAAGCAUAAGUUGAUCUACCAAUUAGAUGUCCAAAUUUAUAAUGCAGAUAAGAAAUAUUAAGAGAGGAUUUAGAAUAAAUUACAUCUAAGUAAGUUAUGGAUAAAUUGGAUAAAUUUGCUUUUAAUUAAUAUUUAAUGUCACAUCCUAACAUUUUUUAAUGUCCAACUCAAAAUUGUUCAGGUAUUUAUGAAAUAGAAGGACCUAUUUAAGUAUGUAUGAUAUGUUAAUAAAUAUUUUGUACAAAAUGCAAAAAAUUAUUUCAUGAAGGAAUUUGUGGUGAAUAAAGUUUUGUUGAUUUAGCUAGAAGAUAAUAAUAUAAGUAAUGUUCUCUUUGCAAUAGAUGGAUAGAGAAAACAUAUGGAUGCAAUCAUAUAUCUUGUCCUUGUGGACAUGAAUUUUGUUAUGAAUGUGGUAAAUAAUGGGUAAAAGGAAUGGAAUGUAGAUGCAUAGAAACUCAAUAAAAUCAAUAAAUAGAAACUUAAUAAGAAAUAUAGUAAUAGUAAGUAUAUUAGUAAGAACCACUAUAAUAAAACUAAACUCAUUCUUAAAAUAACUAAACAUAUGUUUAGCAUGCUAGAAAUAUUUUUGAAACGGUAUAAACAUUUUUUAAAACUAAUCAACCAUAAUUUUUAAAUACUGAUGAUUUAUUUAAAAAUUUUGGUUUAUCAUAUAUAACAAGAAUAAAAAGAUGA